UAUUCAAAAUUGAGUUUAGUAAACGAAAUGGAACUCGGGUGCAAUAUUGUUUACCAACACACCGGAUUAAAACUUGGAUAGAGAUUAACAUUCAACGAGCAGCUAUACUCAGGAAUGCAUCUACUACCCAUAGAUACAUGUACGUUCGGAUAAUGAAAUGAAGAGCUGAGAUUUACGAAAAUCCAUCGAAUGGUUGUUAAUCUCCAAAAGUGGACGUUUAGCGGAAAGUAUAAGUUACGAUGCAUCACACGUGGGAGAGUAAGCUUAUUGGGGUAUAUACAUUUAUGGUGCUCUUACUUGUGACUAGUACGUACGGCAGUCCAAAGGCAAAGAUAACGAUGACGGAUAACAAGUAUAAUGGACUGUUUGUAGCAAUACACGAAGACGUUGCAGAGAACGAGAUUUUGAUAGAGAAUUUGAAAGAAUAUAUCACCGAAAUGUCAUCCAGUCUUUUCACUGCUCUAAAAUUUAGGGGUUUCAUUGGUGAUGUGACAAUACUUGUACCAAGUACAUGGAAAAACAAGACAUACGAACAGGCGUCUUCAGAGCAUUUUUCUAUGGGGAACAUCCUAAUUAAAAGAAGGAAUGUUAGUAACAUCCGAGAGCAUGGACCAUUAACGAAGCAACCUGGAUUUUGUGGCGAAGAAGGAAUCGAACUGCUCUUGAGCGAAAAAUAUGUUUUGGACAAGACAUUCGCCCAAGAAAAUUGGGGCCAUAUAGGCAAGUGUUUGGCGCACGAAUGGGCUCAUCUACGCUACGGAGUUUUCGAUGAGUACCCAGUAGGCAAAAACAGUACACAAUUCUACACAACAUCAUCUGGAACCACGGAGUAUGUGCGCUGUAAUCUCGCCAUAAAAGGUACCAUCGUGAAAUCGGAUGUGACGUACAAUGACGUCAUUUGUGAGUUAGAUCCAAUCACCGGUUUAUACCAAGAUGGCUGUACUUUUAAACCAAAUCCCAAUACGGCGGCAAAGGCGUCGCUCAUGUUUUACUCGUGGAUAUAUUCAAUCAACACCUUUUGCGAUGAUGCGGACAGCGACUCUGCGAUUGUCCAUAACGCUGAGGCACCUAAUUUGCAGAACACUAUGUGCGAUGGGAGAAGUGUUUGGAGCGUCAUUCGAGAGCACAACGAUUUUAAAAAUGGGUCAAAUCCAGUACGUAAUCAGCCUCCGGUGAAUCCAACGUUCAGAGUUAUACAAGAACAAUCAUCAAGGUGGUUGGUACUUGCCUUGGAUAUAUCAGCAAGUAUGCUGGGUAGGGGCAUCUUAAAUCAGGGUCAGGCGGUGGGAAAAUACUUGGACGACAUAGAACCAGGCGUUCGUGUUGGAAUUGUAGCCUUCUCAGAUGUUGCUACUGUUGUCGCUAAUAUGACGUAUGUCGGAAAGGAGAAAGACCGUGAUUUUCUCCGUGACAAGAUUCCAAUGGUUGUGACGGGGCAAACUUGCAUUGGAUGUGCUAUAGAGCUAGCCCUCGAGCUCCUUAAUGUCAGUGGCAACUUUGGGUGUGAAAUUAUCCUAUUCACAGAUGGAAAAGAAAACAAAGCCCCCUUUUUAGAGGAUGUGAAACCACGUCUAUUUGCGAAGGGUGUUAUAUUCCACAGUGUGAUGUAUGGUAGGCGGGCAGAGGCAACAUUGGACGAUUUAUCAAGGACGACUGGGGGAGAAUCUAUGUUCUAUUCAGGGAGUACAUUGUCAACAGGUCUUGAUGAUGCCCUCCCAUCUACGAUCAGAGACUCACCGAACAAGAGCGUCCAGCUCCUUAGUGAACGAAAGAAGAUUGCUCCUUUGAAAUCGGUCACAUUCAGUUCCUAUCUAGAUUCAGGGCUAGGCAGGAAAACAACAUGGGAAAUCAUAUAUUACACCAAAUUGGAAGACUUUACACUGAUCCUGAAAUACCCAACCGGGACAAAAACACUGACUAGUUCCUGGUUUAAGGUAUUUGAUUCCCUGAAGCUCAUCAGAAUAAAGGUACCGACUGGACGAGUUCAACAAGUUGGUCUCUGGGAACUGGUUGUCACUAAUAAUUCUAAUAAAUCAUCAAUCUAUAUUGGAGCAACAUUCCGUUCAAAACCCAGAAAUUCGAAAACAGAGGUUGUGACAAUGACACCAUAUAUGGGCAGCAAGAGGAUAAAUGUAAAAGGAGAUCUUGGUGUCCGUACUGCUGUAAUUCGAGCUGAAGUCUCAAAGGCAAUGCAUCCAAUAGUUGACGCCAACGUCACUGCAAUAGUUCAGAGUUCAAGAUACCCGUAUCCAACUUUUAUUGUACACCUUUACGACACGGGAACUGGAGCAGAUAGUAUCAAAAAUGAUGGUAUCUAUUCGGCUUUCUUUACCAAGUUCAAUGCGAAUGCCAAGUACAACAUCAAGCUAUUAGUGACGGGGAACAGACAUAGUAAAAUAUUAAAAUGGAAAUACAGUGGCAUGGGAUCUGCAAUGUUUUUGAAUAACAACGUUCCAGAAGUAGAAUAUUCCGAGGAAAUUAUCGGUGAUUUUGUGAGAGUGUCUACGGGAGGCUUCUUCACAGUAGAAGGGAUCGACAAUAGUUUGACGUAUGCCUCUCAAGACAACGUGCCACCAGCACGUAUUACUGACGUCACUGUUAGCGUUGCUGCAAACAGAUCAAUUGUGUUAAUGUUCACUGCUUCUGGUGAUGAUAUGGAUGAUGGAAAAGCAUCGGGAUACGUUAUCAACAUCGCACGGACGGUCGCUGAGUUAAGAAAGAGUUUCACAAAUGCUUCUAACCCUGUAACACUCGAGUCAUUUAACGUCAUUUCUGGUAAUACAUCUGCAGCUAAUAACCCAGGAACAAUGGAAUUAUUUGUUAUUGAAAUGACUGCUGCUGAACACGAUGUGGCGUAUUUCAUAGGCCUUGUUGUCUACGAUGAUGCUGCUCUAGUUAGCGAUAUAUCCAAUAUUGCUUCAUUCACUUUUAUACACAAUAUCACAAAACAUGUACCAAUAGGAGAACAGAUAACUGAUGAUCCAGCACAGGUUGUCAUAGAAACGGGUAAAAACACUUUUACGGAACCAGCUCCACAUUUGAUUACUUCUGAAAUAACAAACCCUACAUUUGUAGCUGAUUCAUUCCAUGUGUCUGCAUCGAACUCAUUGCGUUCUUCAACAUCUUUGGUCAGCAGAUCAUCACCUUUAACAGUACCUACUGUACAUAUGACUACACUUAUGUAUCACACACCAAUGUUAGAUUUGGAGGAAUUGACCAAUAAACAGACAGAUUCGCAAGACCCUUCUUCUACUGCAUUCUGCGAAAACAAUUCAAAAUGCACAGGGAUGCAAACAGCAACAGAGGUGAUAAGUGUAAUACCGCAACCAACAGAGUCACCAACCGCCACUAAAUCUAUGAUGGCCGAAGAGCAAUCACUCCAAACCAGUAUGACAUCAUAUGAUAGUAUCAGUAGACUAAACCCCACCAGCGAUAGGACAAUACUAUCCCCAGCAAGUAUGAGAACUGAAAAACGAGACCGUAAUGAAGCAACAUCUGUACAUAUUAUAAAUAAUCCAAUAAUAACGUCGACACCGACCUUACCGACAAUUACCAUUCCCUUGGAUCAUACUAUUAUUAUCUCCGCUAAUACCAAAUUCAAGAAGUCAUUUGACAAAACCGCCAGCACACUAAGUGAAAGAAGUUUUACUGAGCAUGUACAUACUAAACGCUCUACAUCGAGAAUGUCAAUACCAAGACAAGUGGUCGAGACACCUCGUAGUGUUUCGUUAAAUGACAAUCCCAGUCAAUCAAUUUAUAGGAUAAAAAGUGAUAACUCAAGUGCCCAAACUACAAACAUUGCAAUGACGUCAACAAUUACGUCAGGAACUACGGAUAUCAUGGCUGAAACAACAAAAUACUUGUCUUUGGAAACCAAGCGUAAUAUUUCUACUUUACCAGGUGUAACUAAAAUAACCCCUUAUACCAUAGCGUCCAGCGUGAGAUAUUUGGAGCCAGAUACACAAACUACCGUUUUGCCCAGGGUAUCAACGAUAGUUGAUACAAGUGAUCAAUCUUUGUCAGCCUCGAUUCCAGAUACACAUACAAUGGUUUUGUCCAGUUUGUCAACGAGAGUUGACACUAGUGUUAAAACUCCAAUAGACUCAACACAAGAUAGUACAAUUAAUUUACAGGAUAUUUCAACAAGAGUUGAUACCAUUGAUAAAAUGUCAUCAGUCUCAUUACCAUAUAAACAAAUUUCUGUGACAAUACCCAUUACUAAAACCAUAAGAGACUCGAUAACACAUACAACUGACCUUUUGACAACGGUAUUACCCACCAUGUCAACAACCGUUGGUACCAUUGAUAAAACCACUGUAGACUUGGUGCCACCUUGGAACAAUACGAAUACACAUGUCAUCCCUGAGGGGUAUACUUUAUACACAUUGACGUCAUUUACUAUUGCCGUGACAACCAUAUCUGUUGCAGUGCUUGUUAUAUUUACCGUAUUCAUCAUGGUCUUCAUUCUUAGAUGCAGGCGCAAGCGUGACAAUACUAGCGAACUCUUGCCUGAAAACAACCACAGGAAUACAGUAGAUAGUGGAAGAUCGAACACAACGAUGUAUGAACCGUGUGGCAAUGCCAGUAUUCCAAAUCAUAGUUCAUUCAGGCAUGUCCGAGAAGGACGACAUGACAGUGGACGAUCAACAUCGUCAAGGAUAUCAAAAAGGUCACAACGAUUUGAAUCAGAUACAACUUCCUCGAGGGGAAGUCAUCAUUCUAGGAUUUCAAACAAAUCAAGUAUUUCAAAUAAGUCAAACCUAAGUCAGUCUUCUAUAGUUUAUUUGCCAUGAGUGCCACGGUUGGAUGGGACAGCAAAGAUAAG